ACAUCAAAGGAAGCGCGGGUUAAAAUGAUAAAAAUGGGCUUACCGGUUGCAGCACAGAAACUCGUUCUGGAUCCAAUAAACUCCAACUCCACCAUGGAAGUAACCGCAAUCGCGCCAAGGAUAGACGAGGAAGUUCAAAAACCAUCAACAGAUUGCAAACCAACUCUGGGUAAGAGAAAACCGGACCCGGAGCCAGAACCGGAACAGGAACGGGAACCUCAGCAACAGACACAGCCGCCGAAACGCUUGAAGAAGAUAUUUCCCUACGGCAACUACGACCGUUACUACGGAUACCGUAACUUCAACGCUACACCGGCGGACGAUCCACGGUUGGAGGCUUUCAUGCAGCGGCGUGAGUUGUUCGUCGGAAAACGUGUCCUGGACAUCGGUUGUAAUAAUGGGGCCCUGACGAUACAGCUGGCAGCCGCAUGCCAACCAUCUGCGAUCAUUGGCAUCGACAUCGACGGUGGACUCAUCGCACAGGCACGCAGACACUGCAAGCAAGCACUGUUGAACGGCGUGAAGGUGCCCAGGGUUGAGGAGCGUCGACAUCUACUGAAUCGAGGACAGGUAGAAUUCCUGCGGGCAAACUACAUACUCGACGAUCCCAUCCUGCUCGAGGCGGAACAACCCAAAUUCGAUGUGAUCCUGUGCCUUUCGGUGACGAAAUGGAUGCAGCUGAACUUUGGUGAUGAUGGCCUUCGGUUGGCAUUCCGGCGGAUGUUCCGUCAGCUAAAGCCAGGCGGUGUGUUGAUUCUUGAGGCGCAACCUUGGAGUAGCUACAAACGUCGAAAGAAGCUGACAGAAACAAUAGCUGCGAACUUUGCCCGCAUCAAGCUGCUGCCGGCAAUGUUCCAGCAGUAUCUGCUCGGUAACGAGGUAGGUUUUGCAUCCUGCACCGAGGUAACGGUGCCACGCACAUCCAACAAAGGAUUCCAAAGACCGAUUCAGCUCUACGGGAAAAGCAACGACUGACAAAAGGUUUUCCAUCGAUUCUCCCUUCUCUGUCCCUCUCUACUUGUUAAUGUAUAUUUUUUAAGAACUGAAACAACUGAAGAAAUUGAGAAAUGAAAUUAACAA